UGCCGGUCGUCAUGCGGCGAGCUCGCGACACUCAAUGGACGGCAAACGCGCUCUCGUGAUCCAGAUCGCGACGAUCGUAAUUUUGUUCCAAUUGCAACAUACUACAACAUGGGCCAAACAACUAGAGAAUCCCAGCUUUCACGAGCCCAUCGAGAACGUGACUGUGACGGCUGGCAGAGAGGCGAUACUCAAAUGUGUCGUCGACGAUCUUGGACUCUACAAGGUUGCCUGGCUGCGGGUCGAUACGCAAACGAUACUCACCAUCCAUAGUCAUAUUAUCACAAAGAAUGUGCGCAUUGGCGUAACGCAUAGCGAACGCCGCACGUGGUUUCUGCACAUCAAAGAUCUGAGGGAGUCUGAUCGGGGUUGGUACAUGUGCCAGAUCAACACCGAUCCGAUGAAGAGUCAGGUCGGUUAUCUGGACGUUGUUGUUCCGCCGGACAUAGUCGACUAUCAGACCAGUCCGGAUAUGGUAGUGACUGAGGGGUCCAAUGUGAGCAUGGUGUGCGUGGCGCGUGGUUCACCAACACCGACCAUUCUCUGGAAGAGAGAGUUUGGUGAAACGAUUAAACAAGAUCGAAGAGAUCGAGAAGGCGAGGCAAGCGUCGAAGGCACAGUAUUAAGUAUUCAUCAUGUGAAUAGGAAACACAUGGGUCCUUAUCUCUGCAUCGCCACCAACGGCGUCCCGCCGUCGGUUAGUAAAAGGAUAAUGCUCGUCGUCAACUUUCCGCCGGUGAUUUGGAUCCAAUAUCAAUUAAUCGGAGCGUACGAUGGGCAGCAGAUUGUCUUGGAAUGCAAUUCGGAAGCGUUCCCGAAAUCAAUUAACUACUGGACUCGAGAUACGGGCGAAAUCGUUCCUCAAAAUGAGAAGUACGAUCCGUAUUUGGUGCACAACUCGUACAAGGUCCACAUGAAGCUGACAAUUCGCCGAUUGGAAACGGCGGAUUACGGCAUUUACAAAUGUGUAUCGAAGAACGCCAUGGGCGACACGGAUGGCACCAUCAACGUUUACAGAAUUCCCAAACCAGCCGUUUCGAAUAAAACGACGACACAAAAAAGGAAAAUUGCAGGCAGCAAAACGUCAAUAUCAACAGAUUUGUCAUAUUCAAGCAGAUCAAAAUCAGAUCAACCGGAUUCACUUUUCUUGGAAGAGAAGAAAAGCUCGUCGCAAGAAUUAUUCCAGUGCGCGCACGUUUAUUUUUUAAAUCUUCUUGCACUUGUCCUCAAUUUGCUAAAACCUCAGCAGUGAACAAUCUGUUUUAUAUUUUCCACAGCACUACAAGAUAUAUCAUUGUCAAAUAUUAAAGGAAAUUAUUUUGCUAAAAAAAACAAAUUACGAAACGAAUGCUGAAGUGAUAACGAUCUGAAUAGUGGUGUGAUUUACCAUUGAAAUUUUAACUGUAACGAAAUGAAAAUACCGAUGUAAGAUUGUAUAAUUAUGUAAUUAGAAGGAAAAUCGCUUUUGAUGAA